UACAGUUUCACUAUUAUACAGCAAUCGAGCAAUGGCCGAGCAUUAUCGCAAUAAGAUCACUUUCCUAGGGAUAUUGGCACUAAUAGCUCUAGUUGAACCAUCCCUGGAAAAGGGCGAACCCCGCAACGUAACAAUUUCAAUCGGUAACCGCUUCAACUCUCGACCAGGUCUGGAGGAUCAUGGAACCAAUAUCAGCGGAUUAACCAUCAAUAUUACACGAUGGAGGGCCGCAGUUCUACCCGGAACUAACAUCACCGGAAUACUAAUUCCUACUGUCAGUAACGAUACUAUAACCAUCCAAAUCGGUCAUGUAAACUCACCAAAGGAAGAGCGAUUGCCGAACUCUACCCAAAAGCAAAACCGGAAGAAACGAGCGAUUCUAUCAAUACCAACAGUACCGGAAAUCUCAAUACCGACAAUUCCGGCCAUCCCCUCCAUUCCACUUCCAUUGAUCAACGGAUCUCAUGUUUCUGUUAAUGGUAACUUACUACCAUUAUCAGAUUCUAUUUCCAGCCUGAUCAGCAACAUUAUAGGAAGCGAUUUAGGAAACUUAUCACCAAACCUAAACCUGGCACUUGAAUUACCGUGGCAAUUUAUGCAGCGAAUAGCUCAAAGGCGCCUCCUGCCGAUAAAAACCCUGGAUCCGCUUGUGCAAUUUCUAGCGACACAGUACAAUGCGCUAGCGCAACCUACGAUCGAUAGUAGUCUCAAUGUCGUAGAUGAAAUAAAGCGCUAUGCUUCAACUAUGGUCAACUCCAGUCUAGGCACAGUGGACAUCGUUGUUCAUGAGGGAACGAAAAAUGUAAUACGAAUGUAUAACAGUUUAACCGAUGGGGGGAAAUCGUGCGUUGGGGGUAUUCCAGAGGAUGCCGGUUUAAGGGUGUCCAGAAAGGCCACCAACUGCGUCAGAGACCGCUGGAACGAAUUGAUCGGAAUUAUUGAUCAGUUCCGCGAUUUAGUGGCCAACAGUAGUGAUACCUUUGGCGGAUGGUUGAAAGAGUUGAAAACGUGUAACGCCAGUAACUUCGCCAACGAAUCUGACCAAGAAACGGCACAGCGGAGGUGCUAUGUUCAGGCUACCGCCGAGGUUUCGACAAAAAUGCUGUUAGAUUACCCGUUGCGCUGGUCUAGUCUGGCCGUUCGUGUCGUUAAUGCAAUCAACAAUUUCGAACCCCAGCUAGGACUUUGUGUUGCCGGUGUAGGCGCUGAGGUGGCAUCGAUUUCCACGCAUUACUCGGUUAGAGUAGGGUUGUGUCAACUGAUACCUUAAGUUUGAGUAUACAUAAAAAAACACCUAAUAAAAUGUUAAAAAAAACUUACCCAGCCUCAGUUCGCCAAAGUUGCCACAGCCGAUCUUUUUGCCGACUCGAAAGUUCGGCCCGACCAUCAGGACGCCGGACGACGAACUAACCGAGUGACGGGCGGAGUACAUGCUGCUGCCGCCACCCCGGGUGGUGCCGCCUCCGCCGCCGCCACCACCGGCCGUGGCCGAUGCUCCGGCACCCGGAACUCCACUGCAAGUGAAGAAAAGAGAGAAAAUUAAAAUUAAAACACACGUCGGUUUCAUACUAUAACAUUCAAAAAUUGAGAUGUUCAAAUCAAAGGACACUUUUUUUACAGUUUUUUUAAAUGUUUAUCACGAAUGAGGCGAUUUGGUUUGAAUUCAAAGGUCGUGUUUCGGGGCUGAAUUUAUUGCAUAACGAUAAAAAUAAAGAAAAAAAGAAUAAAUGUAAACCCCUCUAAAAGUUAGUUAAAAUGAAAUUGCUUUUCUAAACACAAACGGUGCUCUGCAAUAAAUCGAAAAAAUGGAUAACGGACGCUGCGCACCAAGAAUGGUCUGCAUGGGGUGCAAAAAAAAAUCACCGAGUGUUGGUGGUUAUUAAUUACAGUACGAUACGAAGUGCUUCGAGGUGAAAAUAGUGCUAGAAUUGUGAUAUAUAAAGUAGACUAAUAAAUUGUUCCCGUGUUGCAUAAAUUGCACCGUCGUCGGAGUAAACUAACUUCAUCGAGACAUCGAAGUGACAGUCUUACUCGACUGAUUGAACGUUGCAAUUACAAUUUACAAUACACCCGGGAACACAAACUAUAUUUGUGCAGCAUAAAUACUUUUUUUCAAUCAAAGCUAAACUAGAUUCUUUUGAGUUUCGCGUUAGGCUGAUGCAAAUUUUGAAUAGUUUUUAUGUCCACGGUUAUCAAAGUAAGCUAAGGUGAGGGCAAAAAAAAAUAACACUGA